UGGAAGACGUGGACGAGCCGUGUGAAACCGAGGAGAGAGGCUUUUUGGCAGAUGGCAAGUGUGGGAGAAAGAUUCCCCAGCUUCCUGCAGAAAACUUUGCAAGAGACUGCAGGUCCAGAACGGCAGGCGCUCUUGGCAGAGUUGGAAGCUGCUCGAAGUGAACUUGCGGCAGCACGAAGUGCCCGAGCAGCAUUGACAGCAGAGCGCUUUUCUGUCGAAGAAAGCAGGAUGAAGGACUAUGCCUCUGAAAUACGGACGCUCUCGCAUAGUAAUGCUACCCUGCAGGCCCAGUGCGACAUGGCAAACGCCCACUUAAAAGCACUUGCUGCCAUGGCCAGAUCAACAGCAAGCCAGGUUCGGUCAAGGCAGGCUUUGCUCUACGGCCUGCUACAGCAGACAGAGGACCUUGAAGCUUCCACGCUGGGGGAAGAUUGUGAGGAAGAUCCAGAAGAGAGGACCUUAAAGGAAAGGCUUCAUCGGCUGUCUAUAUCUUGCAGCAAGUUGAGAGGGGUUAAGCCAAGUCAACACUUGGAAGGUGACAGGCCACUCACGACUGACGUUCGAACUCCCAGUGGAGCAUUUGGCACAGAGCGGACGGGCGCGCUGUCAGAAGAAGCGCAAAGGCUGUCUCAAGAGAUCAGCCAACUGGACAAAGCAGCUGCCUCGCUGGAGGAGAUGCAUGACGUAUCCGCGCCAGCUUUGCUUGAGCUCCAACAGUUGCGCUUGCAUAUUCCUGGCAGUUCUUUGGCUUCGCUGGAAGCGCUCGUUUCCCAAGUGCACGAGCUUGCGUCGUUGGAGGAGGAAAUGCGGAGCUGCAACCGUGAGAACCGAUUGAUUCAUUUGCGGCAAGAGGUUGCAGAGAGGCAGAGCCACUUCGGUCGCAUGACACACGAUCUACAGGCCCAAGUAUCUCAUUUGCAAGAGGAGGUUCGUGCAUUUGAACAUCGAAGGAGCUCGGCAAGCGUCAACAUCGUCAACGGAGAGCUCAGAGAGUUGGAGCUGUUGAGACAACGGGAGCUGCGCCAUUUGCGUGACCAGGAAGAGCAGCUGGCACAGAUGGAACGGCAGGUCGAUGGGAUCGAUGGGAUGACCAUUGCGGACACGGAAAGUCCAGAGAGCCUAGAUGUAACGAAAGAGGGAAAGCAAAGGAAACGCAAAGAUCAGAAAGAGGGGCAGCUUCUGACGUCUUUCGACGCCAUUCAGACUUUGAGGAGGGGUGGCAUUCAAGUGACUCUGGCAAGUAGCUUCACAAGGGAUCGCGGGAUCAUCUCCAGAAUCGCUGCUGCAGGUGCCGCCAGCGGUGCGGUAGUCUGCAAUACCUUCGUGGAUCCAACUUACAAUCGAACAGGAAACACAGGGAAUCACCUGAAGUGCAGACUUCUGAGUGUGCUGAGAAUCACAGCCCUUUCCGUGCCUCAUGUGCCGAUUUAUGGCUUCAGGGGUGGCGUUUGCCAAAGCAUCAUUGCAUACGGCAACAUCGAUUGCUAUGCCAACACUGCCGCCAAGUACUACUUGGACAACGGGGGUGAAGAGCAUCCGCUGGACCAAGCAUCCAGCAUCUGCGGAUAUCCAUUCCAAAUGAAGCAACAUAUUGGGAAUGCCGGCAUUGCCAUGGUAUCCCUGUUCCUUGCGUUCCUUGUCACCGCAUAUGGUGCAAAGAUACACAGCGGGAAGGUGGCAGAGAUGGCAGAGAUGGCAGAGAUGGCGAUGGCGAGUCGGGAGGCAGCUGAAGCAACGACCUCCGAGAUGGUCGCGUUGCGAAGCCCUUUGGCUGGUCGGUACCUUCAGAUGAACAAAUGGGGCAUUGCAGCCAGUGUUCCUGCCACCAGUGUCGACAAUGGGUGGACAUUUGAGAGGUGGGUCAAGGUCAACGUUGCUGAUAACUUUGCACUUCACAACACCUAUUGGAAUCGCUUCCUCGUGAUGACUGACACUGGCUUGACUGUAAGCAAUUUCUUGGCUGAAGAUGAGCAUGCGAAGCUGCCUGAAGGUGCUUGGUUCGAAAAUGGUCCCGGACUCCUGGGUGCCUCCUCUGUCUACAGCCAGAUGUUCAAGCGAUUUCUGACGAUGACAUCCGGGGGCCAGGUGGGAGUCAGUGAUGUGAAGGACAUCCAAGAGCAUGUUGUGCCACCAAACCACCACAGGACUACCAAUGUUCCAGAGGAGUGGACAGUACAAACCCAGACUUUCACAAGGAGCGAUUGCCCCAACCUUUACCAUGCGAAGGGCUCCAGCUGCAAAGCGAACGUGAUUGGCAAGACCAUUGCUUUGUGGAACCAUUGGCACAAUCGUUUUGCCCUGAUUAACCGGGACGGCUGGAUGCAGUCAAGUCAGCCAGGAAACACAUUAUGGGAUUCGUCGACUUGGAAAAGAUUCUUGGUGGUGGAUGCUGGUGAUUGGGAAAUUGCAUUGCACUCCGCGGAACACAACCGCUACGUUAGCAUGAAUGGUCAGUUUUGCCUGGCAAGCCAGCUGAUGGAUGAACACGAGUUAAACAAUGCAAACGCUGAUGAACGUUUCAAGUUGGUGGAUGCGGGCAAUGGAAAAGUUGCACUGCAUAACAAGCAACACAACCGUUUCAUGAUGAUGAACAGCCAAAAUCAGAUAGUUGUUUCGGCCGUCAUGAACUGGGAUGCUUUGCCCGCCAAUAAUCAUGAUUGGGAAAGAUUCGUGAUCUACGAAAGCGACUACGUCGCGACAGGUCCGUACCUGAUGUUUUCCAAGAUGGCAAGUUGUAAACCAUGGCUGAUUGGUCAAACAGUGUCCUUCUGGAACCCAUGGCACAAACGGUACAUGCAGAUGGUGAACUCUCAAUCUGCAACACUGCUGGUCACUCCGCAAAUGGCUUCCCCAGAAUCUCUGAGCGAAUCUUCUGAGGAGGAGCGCUUCCGGGUCGUCGACAUUGGCAGCCGCUGGGUGGUUUGUACCAUGAAGUUUAUCAACGUUAUGUGA